AUGCUUUCCACCAGCUCCCGCCUGUUCCGCGCUCGACUAUCCCCAUAUAGGCAGAAGGUCAACCUCACUGGUCUAUACAAUGGGCGCCUUUCCACACUCGCUCACAAUGCCUGUUCCUCAACGCAAUUGAACGGCAGCCGAUCUCUCGCUGUCGUCUCAUACAACGCGUUACGAACAACACAAAUCCAAGUCCGACACAGCUCGCAGUUGCAACCGCCCCCAACACAACCAAUCGAGACGGAUAGUGCAGAGAAGAACCCAGCCACUCACUACACCCCACCGAAGACAGGCUUGAUUGCCUCCCUGCCGAGUUCAUGGAUACCGUAUGCGGAAUUGGUGCGGCUGGACAAGCCCACGGGCACAUACUACCUAUUCUUCCCAACUCUCUUUUCUACCCUCCUCGCUGCGCCAAUGGCUGGUGUGGCACCGCUUCAUGUCUUGGGUACAUCAGCACUGUUCUUUUCCGGUGCACUGAUCAUGCGCGGCGCAGGCUGCGCGAUCAACGACCUAUGGGACCGAAACCUGGACCCUCACGUCGAGCGCACCAAGUUCCGACCCAUUGCCAGAGGUGCACUCUCGCCGAAAAAGGCGGUCCUCUUUACGGGUUCACAGUUGGUGGCUGGAUUGGGCGUGCUUCUUUCGUUCCCUACUCAGUGCCUUUGGUAUGGGCUUCCUAGCAUGCCCAUCGUGGUGGCCUAUCCGCUUGCUAAGCGCGUGACCAAUUACCCGCAAGCUGUCUUGGGUCUUGCCUUUUCAUGGGGAGCGAUCAUGGGAUUCCCAGCGUUGGGGGUGGACCUGCUUGCCAAUCAUGAUGCCAUGAUGGCUGCAGGUGCCCUUUAUUCCAGUUGUAUUGCUUGGACAGUUCUGUACGAUAUGAUUUAUGCACACAUGGACAUUAAAGACGAUGUCAAGGCCGGUAUCAAGUCAAUUGCCCUCCGCCAUGAGCACAACACCAAGGCUGUCCUGAGUGGUCUGGCGGUGGCCCAGGUCUCGCUCCUCGCGGCCGCGGGAGUUGCUGCCGGUUGCGGACCUGUGUUCUUCGUUGGUAGCUGCGGCAGUGCCGUUUUGUCGCUUGGUCUCAUGAUUUGGAAGGUUCAGUUGAAGAAUGUUCGGAACUGCUGGUGGUGGUUCAAGAAUGGAUGUCUGCUGACCGGUGGAGGGAUCUCCUUGGGCUUGCUCGCCGAGUAUGUGAUGCAAUACCUUGGUCUGUACAAUACGACGGAGCCGGAGCGCGUGGCCGAGUCGACACAAUAA